CGGGAGCGGGCUUCCCAUAGCACUACUCAUAUUAUAUAUCUAUAUACUGUACUAUCUGUAUACACAGGCAGCAGCUCCCCUGUAAUCUCUCUCCCUCUCUCUCUCUUUUUUUCAUGGCUCUUCCUCAUGCGUUCUCUCUGCAGGAUGCCUCCCUCCUCAGCGGCAUAGAACCUCUUCCUCUGUCCUCUCCUACGUCUCCUCGUCGUUCCCUCACCAAUUCCUCCUCUCCUCCACCUGUCCUGUUCUCCCCUUCUGACCCCUCCCUCAGGCGCUCAUUCUCAUCCGAGGUCACGGCUCAGCUCUACGCCUCUCUGAGACGCAGCCGGGAAGCGGACCAGGAGGAGGCUGAGAAGUUUCAAAGGACCCCCGGCCCGCAGGUAUCAACCAGAGGUCUUGCCAUGGCCACAGAGGUGGACGAUCUGGCAGAUGAGAUGGAGAGGAGACUGCAGGAAGGCGUGGAGGCAUCUGGACCAAAGGAACCGUCUCCGUACAUCUCGCAGAUGGAGUCGUUGCGAUAUCACCUGAAGAACAUGCUGACACUCAGCGACGCGGUGACCUCACAUGGAGACGCAUCUGAAAAGAGAUUGGAGCAAGAAAGUGACAGCACGAGUACCCUGCUGAGUGCCUACCCUGGGCAGGACCUGUCACCUCCAUUGUCUCUCGCUGGUCUGGAGGGUCUCUUCCCUCGUUAUUCCACCCUGUAUAAUGCAGCCCCCUCUCUGCCUGACCUGCACCUAAGAGAUGCCCUUGAGAAAGAGACUACACGUCGCAAGCACCUGGAGCGUCACAUCCAGAAGCUACAGAACGAGAUGCUGGAACUACAGCAGAGGGUGUCGGUGACUGUGGCAGCCGACCGCAGGAAGGACACCAUGAUCCAGCAGCUGGACCAGACGCUGGCCUUGGUGGUGGGUGGCUGGAAGCAGCAGGAGCAGCAGAGAGAGGAGACCCUGCGCCACCUGAGACGAGAGAAGGAGGAGGCAGAGCAGGCCAGAUCCAAAGACCAAGAGACUCUGACUCAGGUGCGGAAGGAGCUUGCCCAGGCCCAUGAGUCUCUGUCCAGAGACAGCCAGGCAGCAGAGGAGCGGCAGAGAGAGCUGCAGAGGCUGGCGGAGGAGCAGGCCGCCCGAGUGUCUCAGCUUCAGGCAGAAUGUGAGGCCGGAGAAGAGGCCAGAGCGGACCAGCGGAGGGAGCUGGAGUCUCUACACCACCGAAUGCAGGAGCAGCAGAGAUCCUGGGCGGAGAGGGAGCAAGAGCUGCAGGAAGAGAGCAGGCGGUUGCAGGAGGAAGGGAGGAGAGAGCUGGAAAAGGAGAAGGCGCUGACUCAGCAGGAGACCCAGAAGUCUCAGCAGUGGCAGCUGGCCCUCUCCUCCCUGCAGGGAGAAGUCCUCCGUCUGGAGCGGGAGCUGCAAGCCUCGUACAGGGAGAGAGACACUCUGCAGAUGGAGCUCAACUUAGAGAAGGCACGGAAUGAGUCGGAGAAGGUGCGGCUAGAGAGCGAGCACAAGAUGCGAUUGGAGGAGACGGUCGCAGAGCGGCUGACUGCGCUUCAUGAGGAAAGCGCUCAGCACUUGUGCACAGUUAGAGAACAACACAGGAGACAGCUAUUAGACCUCACCUCUCAGCACGAGACAGAACUGUCCAACCAGCUGUCUCAGUUCAAAUCUGAGUUACAGGAACGAGAGAGGCGUCACCGAGAGGUCAUCAUGGAUUAUGAACUCCAACUGUCUCGCUCAGAUGAGCGAUGUCAGGAGCUGUCGCGGGCUGUCCACCGGCUGGAGAUCGAGCGAGCGCAGAAGUUGUCCCAGCUACAAGACGUCAUGAAGAGUCACUGGAGUCAGGCCCUGCAAGUGCUCACUGCCAAGGAUCCCUCCGAAGGCUCAUCACUCGUCCUGCCUGCUCAGCAGACAGACCCUGACAGACAGUGGCCCUUCCUGCAAACCAGAGAUGGUGGAUACGGCGAGACCAGUGAUCAGACAAGGCUUGGGGCAGCAGGAGCGGGCAACUCGAUUGGCCGUGCCGGCUCAAAUAUAGUGACUGAUAGAAGCAGCCAGAACACAGCCGGUGGUAGCCACCUUGGGUUGAGUAGAAACCAGCAUGCAGAAGACAGUGACGGAACCACACAGCAGGCAUUUGGCAGUGGACAACUCGCGCAGAACAGUGGCUCAGACCUGAUUAACUUCACAGAUAAUCAAAACAUUGUCCAUCAGAGCCACUUACAGGAGCCAAGUCCUAGAUUCUUCAAGGAUGGCAACCAGAUAAGCAACAAAGCUAUGAUGGCUAAUGAUGCUGGUGGACUGUCCUAUAUAGAUGGCUGCCAGUCACGUGAUAAGGUAAGUCAGAAGGCCAAAGUCCCAGCAACGGCAGACUCCACCUGCCAAAGUCUUCUCAAUAGUGGCAGCUUCCAGCCCGGUGGUCCGGACAAACCCCAGCAAAGUGCGGACGGUGACUCAAGCAGGAAAUAUACCUUUGGUGACUAUAUAAAGGAACCAUACGGUCAGUCUGUGAUGGUUAUUGACCAAAACCCGGUCUAUUCAGAGAAGAGCCGUUUUAAUAUUGCCAGUUGCCAAUACAAGAACUCCAGUGGUCAUUCUGAUAGCCAAAGUCAGCCAGUGAUGUUAGGAGAUGAUAGUGGGCGAAACCUUGUAAACUAUAACCACAUCCUGGAGGAGAUCCGUCAGUCCAUGAUGGAUAGGCAGAACAUCCUGAACCUUAUUGGUAGUAGCCAGUUCGGGGACUUGGCUGACCAUUCUUUUGCAAUUAGUCAUAGCCAGCCUACGACACUAAGGGACAGUAGAAGUAGCCAGAACCCUGACACCCGUGCCCACGCCAAAGAGGAAGUCAGUCAACCCAUGAUUGUCUUUAGCCACCAGAAGGAUAUCGGUAGCCUCAAUGCUCGCACAAGCCACCAUCAGGCCCCUGUAAUCGUUCCUCACCUCAGCCACAUAUACAAGGAGUCCAACCAAGGUCACAGCCGCCAGUUUGGAAUCCAGUCUGGCCAUCAAGAGGACUCUAUUGGGAGUCACCGACCAAGUCGCAGGGUCACUGACCAUGAAGAAAGGUUCUACCCCAUGCAAGUGGAAGAUCUGAGUCACAGCUUCGGCAGCCACCACGGUUUCUUCCCUCUGGAGCCACAGGCGGACAGCACCAUGACUGGCACGGUCUCUACCACAUUCGCCCAGACGUCUCCAGAGCACCCCCUCCAGGAGGAGAUACCCCAAAACUGGAGAGCGGGCGAGGACAGAGCCACCCCGAAUCCUGUCCUUCAGUACUACAUCCGCAUGUUAUUGGACAGGACCCCAGGGGACCCCCUGAAUGAGCAGGAUAAAAGUCCUGAUAUGUCUGAGCUGUGUCAGUAUCUACUGAGUACAGAAAACCAGACCCUUCACAGAUUGGAGGAGCACAAUGCGGAUGUCUCCAAACUGGAGAGUAAUCCCAAGAAACAGGCAGAGCGUAAAGCGCCGGUGGCAGUGAGGAAAGAGGUAUUGUCCAGCCAGCGUCGCCCCAACCCAGCCAAACCACUGAAGCGGGUGUCUGCGAGAGGAGGGCGCCCUGGAGUCUGGAAAUAGAGGGACUGCACCCGUAUAACUUACCUCUGUAUAUGUGCUGGCAGGCAGGGGUCAGUGUAACAUGAAGGUGGAUCACCUGGUUACAAAGCGCUGAGACUGCACGUGACUACCUGUCCACCUCCAUGAUACUCGGACUACGCGUAUCAUCGCGGUCUCCGGGCAGAUAGUCCCUGCGGUUUUACCCACCUGAUUUAUAGUCACCUUAGGAGACACAUAAAGGGCUAAUUAAAUGAGCAGGUGAUUUCCUAAAGGAUUCUGGGAUGCAUUCCUACAUAUAAUCAGCCUGUGGCAUUCAUUGUAUUGCUAUUACGACGUGCCUUGCUAUAUCAGUAUGUAACAAAGUGCCUACCGGACGCGCUCCAUCGUCAUCGGAGGAUAUUAUCCUUCAUCAGUCCUCUGUUCUCAGGACGGGCGGGGACUGGAGGGAGCCAACCAUCUUUACUUACUUACUUAUUUAUUUAUUUAUUUCUUCUUCUUUUUUUUAUAAAGAUCUCUGUACAUAUGCAAAUUGCGCUUGCUAAGCAUAUUUAUUUUUAUUUAAAAAGAAAGAUGUUCGUGUAAAUUAUUUUUACAUAAUAAAAUUGAUGUUUUCAUGAAAA